AUGACUUCCAGUUCCUUCCUGCGUAUCAAUGAAGUACAAGAUGAUAUUGAGGAUGAUGAAAUACAAGAUGAUGAUGAUGAGGAUGAUGAAGUACAAGAUGGUAAUGAUGAUGAACAAAAAGGUGAUGAUGAUAAGGGUAAAAUACAAGAUGAUGACGAUGAUGAAGUACGAGAUGAUUGUGAGAAUGAUGAGGUAAAAGAUAAUGGUGAGGAUGAUGAAGUACAAUAUGAUGAUAAACAAGAUGAGGAUGAGGUACAAGAUGAUGAUGAUGAUGAAGUACAAGAUGAUGUUAUACAAAAUAGUUAUGUUGGGGAUGAAAUACAGUAUGAUGAGGAUAAAGAUAAUGAAGUAUAA